AUGGUCGUUCCUUCUGUCGUGUACAUUUCGGUUGUCGGAUUCUCACUCGUCGAAGGCAACCAAGUGGUCGUCGGCAUUGUGGAUGAAGAGGUUCCGAUGGUCGUUCCUUCUGUCGUGUGCAGUUCGGUCGUCGGAUUCUCACUCGUCGAAGGCAUCCAAGUGGUCGUCGCCAUUGUGGAUGAAGAGGUUCCGAUGGUCGUUCCUUCUGUCGUGUGCAGUUCGGUCGUCGGAUUCUCACUCGUCGAAGGCAUCCAAGUGGUCGUCGCCAUUGUAGAUGAAGAGGUUCCGAUGGCCGUACCUUCUGUCGUGUACAUUUCGGUUGUCGGAUUCUCACUCGUCGAAGGCAUCCAAGUGGUCGUCGGCAUUGUGGAUGAAGAGGUUCCGAUGGUCGUUCCUUCGGUCGUGUACAGUUCGGUUGUCGGAUUCUCACUCGUCGAAGGCAUCCAAGUGGUCGUCGGCAUUGUGGAUGAAGAGAUUCCAAUGGUCGUUCCUUCGGUCGUGUGCAGUUCGGUCGUCGGAUUGUCACUCGUCGAAGGCAUCCAAGUGGUCCUCGACAUUGUGGAUGAAGAGGUUCCGAUAGUCGUUCCUUCGGUCGUGUACAGUUCGGUUGUCGGAUUCUCACUCGUUGAAGGCAUCCAAGUGGUCGUCGGCAUUGUGGAUGAAGAGGUUCCGAUAGUCGUUCCUUCGGUCGUGUACAGUUCGGUUGUCGCAUUCUCACUCGUCGAAGGCAUCCAAGUGGUCGUCGGCAUUGUGGAUGAAGAGGUUCCGAUGGUCGUUCCUUCUGUCGUGUGCGGUUCGGUCGUCGGAUUCUCACUUGUCGAAGGCAUCCAAGUGGUCGUCGGCAUUGUGGAUGAAGAGGUUUCGAUAGUCGUUCCUUCGGUCGUGUACAGUUCGGUUGUCGGAUUCUCACUCGUCGAAGGCAUCCAAGUGGUCGUCGGCAUUGUGGAUGAAGAGGUUCCGAUGGUCGUUCCUUCUGUCGUGUGCAGUUCGGUCGUCGGAUUGUCACUCGUCGAAGGCAUCCAAGUGGUCGUCGGCAUUGUGGAUGAAGAGGUUCCGAUGGUCGUUCCUUCUGUCGUGUGCGGUUCGGUCGUCGGAUUCUCACUUGUCGAAGGCAUCCAAGUGGUCGUCGGCAUUGUGGAUGAAGAGGUUUCGAUAGUCGUUCCUUCGGUCGUGUACAGUUCGGUUGUCGGAUUCUCACUCGUCGAAGGCAUCCAAGUGGUCGUCGGCAUUGUGGAUGAAGAGGUUCCGAUGGUCGUUCCUUCUGUCGUGUGCAGUUCGGUCGUCGGAUUGUCACUCGUCGAAGGCAUCCAAGUGGUCGUCGGCAUUGUGGAUGAAGAGGUUCCGAUGGUCGUUCCUUCUGUCGUGUGCGGUUCGGUCGUCGGAUUCUCACUCGUCGAAGGCAUCCAAGUGGUCGUCGGCAUUGUGGAUGAAGAGGUUCCGAUAGUCGUUCCUUCGGUCGUGUACAGUUCGGUUGUCGGAUUCUCACUCGUCGAAGGCAUCCAAGUGGUCGUCGGCAUUGUGGAUGAAGAGGUUCCGAUGGUCGUUCCUUCUGUCGUGUGCAGUUCGGUCGUCGGAUUGUCGCUCGUCGAAGGCAUCCAAGUGGUCGUCGGCAUUGUGGACGAAGAGGUUCCGAUGGUCGUUCCUUCUGUCGUGUGCAGUUCGGUCGUCGGAUUCUCACUCGUCGAAGGCAUCCAAGUGGUCGUCGCCAUUGUGGAUGAAGAGGUUCCCAUGGUCGUUCCUUCGGUCGUGUACAGUUCGGUUGUCGGAUUCUCACUCGUCGAAGGCAUCCAAGUGGUCGUCGGCAUUGUGGAUGAAGAGGUUCCGAUGGUCGUUCCUUCUGUCGUGUGCAGUUCGGUCGUCGGAUUGUCGCUCGUCGAAGGCAUCCAAGUGGUCGUCGGCAUUGUGGACGAAGAGGUUCCGAUGGUCGUUCCUACUGUCGUGUGCGGUUCGGUCGUCGGAUUCUCACUUGUCGAAGGCAUCCAAGUGGUCGUCGGCAUUGUGGACGAAGAGGUUCCGAUGGUCGUUCCUUCUGUCGUGUGCGGUUCGGUCGUCGGAUUGUCAAUCGUCGAAGGCAUCCAAGUGGUCGUCGGCAUUGUGGACGAAGAGGUUCCGAUGGUCGUUCCUUCUGUCGUGUGCGGUUCGGUCGUCGGAUUCUCACUCGUCGACGGCAUCCAAGUGGUGGUCGGCAUUGUGGAUGAAGAGGUUCCGAUGGUCGUUCCUUCUGUCGUGUGCAGUUCGGUCGUCGGAUUCUCACUCGUCGAAGGCAUCCAAGUGGUCGUCGACAUUCUGGAUGUUACAAUCGUCGAACUCAAC